AUGCUUGCCACGUAUUGUACAAUGAGCAAUAUUUGUGAAAUGGACAGUAGUGGCGCAUGCUUACAAGUCUCCGCUAGCGUCUCUGCAUCGCAAUCACGAACGUUUUUUUCGUCUCCCAGCAAGGAACAAAAGGACUUUUUUUUUUGUGUCAAGAUGUGGGAAUGGAUUCUGUCACAUUUGGACUUUAUGGAUCUUAUUAUCCUUACAACACUGAUGAUAGGUGGCUUGUACUUCGUCGUCAAAUAUCGUCUAGGUGAUACACAUUCAAGGUACACUCCCAACAUCACGGCGAUUACACCGACUACCAGGCCAAAAGAUAUGUCUUUCAUAGCACGUAUGAAGAAUGAAAAUCGACAGGUAUUGAUCAUGUAUGGUUCACAAACGGGUACUGCUGAAGAGUUAUCCGGUCGUUUAGCUAAAGAUUUUACACGUUAUGCUAAGAAGGCUCUUGUAAUUGAUCCGGAGGAAAUCGAUGUAGACGAUAUGGCGAGACUAUGUGAAAUCGACGAUUGUUUGGUGGUGUUCUGUAUGGCCACGUAUGGUGAAGGUGAUCCAACAGAUAACGCUCAACAGCUAUAUGAGUAUAUUACCACUACAGAUUCCGAUUUCAAAGGGAUUAAGUAUGCGGUUUUUGGACUGGGGAAUAAAACGUAUGAGCACUUCAAUGCCGUUGGUAAACUGUUCGAUAAACGAUUAGAAGAUCUAGGCGCGGAGAGAGCAUUUCCGCUUGGCAUAGGAGAUGAUGACGCAAAUCUGGAAGAGGAUUUCAUGAGAUGGCGUGAAGCUUUUCUGCCUACAGUAGCACAACAAUUUGGAUGGGAGUUGAAUAUGGAUGCCGAAACACUUCGACAGUAUCGAUUAGAGCUGGUAGACCACAAUGCUAACGUCACUCUCUUCAAGGGUGAAUACGGUCGUUUGGGCGCGUUUGAACGUCUUCGACCACCUUUUGACCAGAAAAAUCCAUUCCCGGCCACCAUAGCCGUCAAUCGUGAGCUGCACACGGAAAAAAGUGAGCGCAGCUGUCGUCACAUUGAAUUCGCCGUUGAAGGAUCUCGAAUUCGUUAUGAAGCCGGUGAUCACCUCGCGGUUUUCCCAACAAAUGACAUUGAGCUAGUCGAUGCGAUGAUUUCUAUGCUGGAUUUUGAUCCGGAGCAGGCAUUCCGUCUAAUCAAUAUUGACGAGGAAUCGUCGAAGAGAAAUCCGUUCCCGUGUCCAUGUACCUAUCGAACUGCCCUAACCCAUUACGUCGAUAUAUGCGCACCUUUAAAGAGUCACGUGCUUAAGGCAAUUAGUGAAUACUGCACAGACGAAAAGGAGAAAACUCAUCUACAACUGCUGUCUACCGCCAACGAAGAAGGAUUAAAAGAAUAUUCGCAAUAUAUUGUGAAAGAACGCAGAUCGAUAAUCGACGUACUACGCGAUCAUCCGUCAUGUAAGCCGCCGAUUGAAUAUUUGCUAGAGCUGCUGCCACGUCUUCAGGCUCGUUACUACAGUAUUGCCUCGUCACCCAAACACCAAGACAACCGAAUUGCAAUUUGUUGUAUUGUCACUAAAUAUUCGAUUGGAGAUAGGCUAAUAAGAGGAGUCUGCACGAACUAUCUAUCAGGGAAGAAAGUUAAUGAUCGCACGCCGGUGUUCGUCAGGAAGUCUCAAAUGCGUCUCCCUCAUCGUACUUCUACACCGGUGAUAAUGAUUGGGCCAGGAACAGGUUUCGCUCCAUUCAGAGCUUUUAUUCAAGAACGUAAAUUCCAGAAAGAUCAAGGAAAAGAAGUUGGACCGAUGAUGUUGUACUAUGGAUGCCGACGUCCUGAUCAUGAUUACAUCUACAAGGAUGAAAUUGAGGAAAUGGUAGCCGAUGGAGUGAUCACUGAUCUGUUUUGUGCAUUUUCGCGUGCACAAAAGGAUAAAGUUUACGUACAGAAUAAACUCUGGGAGAGCCGCGACAAAGUCUGGAGUGCAGUGGAGUCCGGUGCUCAUAUAUACGUAUGCGGAGAUGCACGUAAUAUGGCACGUGACGUGCAAAACACUCUACAACGCAUAUUCCGUGAGGUCGGCGGUAAAACCGAUGAGGAAGCAGCAAAACUAUUAAAAGAUCUGGAACGACAACGAAGAUAUCAGGCAGAUGUCUGGUCAUAG